ACCCAAGCGACUUGUGACCAUGACGAUGAGUGCGCGCCACGUGCCGUUCGUGCUGGCCGCUCUGCUGUGCGGCGUGUGCGUGGCGGCUGCGGCUGAGGCCGGUGCUGAAUCCAGUUCCAUAGCAGCGAAUGUUGUGGGCAAUGAGGAUAAAGCGGCAACAGAUGCACUGAAGAAGGUUGUGGAAGUGGCUAAGGCCGCCGGAGUGAGUGCGACAAAGGCCGCUUUGUUGUCGAGGAGUGCUCAUGCUUCACUAAGUAGUUCCUCAACGGGGCUGGGUGAAGCGUUUUCGGCGGUUGAAGAGUCUACACUGUCAUCUAAAUUAGAUGAAGCGAAAGAGAAAACAAACAAAGGAAAGCAAGCAGCUGAGCUAGCAAAAGAAGCUACUGCAGCAGCAUUGGAGGAAGCGAAAAAGGCUUUGGCUAGUGUUGCUGCUGCCGUACAGAGUGUGGGAAAGGAGGUGCAGUGGUAUAAGGUGGGCAGUGGCGGCAUGAAGGACACUAAUGCGAGCGACAAGGCGAAGGAACUGAUGGCGAAGGCCGCAGCAACAGCCCAGAAGGCACUCGUAAAAGCAAAAGAGAUGCACACGAGGUUUCAGCAGGCAUUGUCGUACGGCAAUACCGCAGUGGGGCUUAAUAAUGCCGCUGUAGAACAAGCGACGAAGGCAGACAAUGAAGCUCAGGCCUUGAAGACUAACACUGACAUCACAACCACACUUGGGUCAGGUGAUUUAAAAGAAAAGAUCAGCUCAGCACAACGAAUCGCUAUUG